AAGAUGUCCAACUGCACCCUCAAAAUCACCAGCGCAGUCGAGGACCUACAAAAAGUCACUUCCAUUCCCACCUUCAUUUUCGGGGUACUGGGGAACAUUUACGUCUUGGUGAUGUUCUGCCGCCGUCCCAGAGCAAAAUGGACCUACAUGAACGUCUACAUCACCAACAUGGCCAUCGCCGACUGCGCUCUGUUGACGUUCCUGCCCGUUAAGAUUCAUUACUACAGCAGGCCAUUGGAAGAGCAUUUAAAGGCACUGUGUAAUGUUGUUUUGUUGGUUUAUUACGUCAACAUGUACGUGAGCAUCUUCAUCAUCACGGCCAUAAGCGUGGUGCGGUACGUGGCCAUCAAGUAUCCCAUGAAGGCCAGGAAUAUCUUCUCUUGCAGGAACGCUCUGGUGGUGUGCGCGCUCAUAUGGUUCACCAUUUGCUCCAUCAGCCCGGUUUACUUCGUUACGGACUCCAAUAACGACAAGACCAUGUGCUUCCAGAGGGUCAAGGGAGGUUUGUCGUUGCAUUUCGUUUUGGUGUUGGUCAUCGUUGGAUUCCUAGUGCCGUUCCUCAUCAUGCUGUUCUGCUCCGUUAGAGUCAUUUGCACUUUAAAGAAACAGUUGGACGUCGGAUCGCGUUCUGAGAAGAUCCAAUGCAUGUUUAUCAUCAUGGCCAAUUUAGUUGUUUUCGUCAUAUGCUUUCUCCCCGUCCACUUGGGUUACCUCGUUAAAUACAUCGUGCAAAACAAGUAUGCAAACACAGACGAUAAUGAAAGCUGCUACUACAAACUGGUCGCGCACAACUUCCUGCACAUUGCUCUUUGCUUUUCCAAUAUGAACUGCGGUUUGGACUGCUUUAGCUAUUUUUUCGCAACCAAAACGUCCUGGAAUAUGUGCUGCAUGAAUGACACUAACAAUAAAGAAGGUGAAUGUGAUUACAACACCGUUUCGGAU